GUUCAUUCGGUUGAAAUUAUCGCGCUUGUGCGGUUGCGGAGCGGACGAGUGGGAAGACCAGCGAGGUUCAAUUUUUCAGUUCGGGCGCAUUGUUUGAGGCUCGCUUGGAGCACUGCAGGCGUUCAAAACUCGGAAUCGGAGUCGAGUAAAAAGCAAACCCAGCCAAAAUACAUCCAACUCAUAACGCUCGCGAGUCGAAAGUGAAAUUCGUCGCAGCAACGGUGAAGCAAAGGCAAACGCGAUUUUUUGAAUGGAGUAGCCAGCAAACACAAAUCCCGCUAAAUUAAUCAAAUUCAAUUGCAAAUUGUAUAGUGACCGCUUGAAGUUCUCUGAUCCCAAUAAUUAGCAUUGCUAAAGUGUUUAACAGUUCAACAGGAGUAACAGCAAAAUCGGUGAUUUGGCGUGCAAUAAGUUGAGAAAACCAAAAACCAAAACAGAGAUCCGAAGAAUACUGGCGAAAGAAGAAAUCUUUAUGUUUGAUAAGAACAUAUUGUGAGAAACAAUUUCCUACAAACGUAUGUAAUUUAGACGUCUUGAGAAAUUGCGCCAGAGUAAACCUUUUUGUUUGUGGACAAGUUGGCAGCCAACAACCAAAACAAAUGCAAAUGUGCGCCCCAAAGACAUAUUACCCCGAAAGUUAUCAAUAAUUGUUUGCCGGAAGAGGAGAUACAACUCAACCAGCUAAGCACCGGGCUCAGGGUGACUGUUCUUUGUGGAUACGUUUCUCUUUUGGAUAAAAUCGACAACACAGCGAAGUCGACACAAUGUUGGAUCGAUGCGAAAUGCCGAUCCAGCUGGACAACGAGAAGCUGCGACGGGAUGUUCGGCUGUCGGGCUCCCGACUGGACUUGCCACAACUCUGCAAUGGCUCGCGGCGAUUGGACGGCCACAACAACCAUGUGGCUGCCAAUGAGACCGCGGUGACAACGACAUCCCUGAAUGGAAACGGGAACAGCAAUGGCAACAGCAACAACAACAACAUUGGAUCACCCGUCUCCUCAUCGACAACCAACAGCAGUAAUGGCGGCAACGAGCGCGGCUCCUCCACAAAGUCCAACAGCAGCAGUGGCAGCGGCAGCUCGGGAAACUCGGCCAGCAGCACAGGAAGUGCCGAGCUCAAGUGCAACACGCCCAUGACGCCAUCUGAGCUGGUAAAGAAGUUCCGCAAUUACCUAACCGAUCUGGAAUUCGAGGAACUUAAGGUGUACAAGGAGGUCUGGUACUUUGGCCAGCACGCCAGCAAGAACUACAACAAACCCGCCCCCACAGCCAAUACCACCAACAUGGGCUAUGACGAUGAUAAUGGCAACUACAAGAUCAUCGAACACGAUCACAUAGCCUUCCGUUACGAGAUCCUGGAGGUAAUUGGUAAAGGCAGUUUUGGCCAGGUCAUCAGGGCGCUGGAUCACAAGACCAACACACACGUGGCCAUCAAGAUCAUAAGGAACAAGAAGCGUUUCCUCAACCAGGCCGUCGUCGAACUCAAUAUCCUCGAUGAGCUGCGUGAAAAGGAUGCGGAUGGAUCUCACAAUGUCAUACACAUGCUCGACUACACAUAUUUCCGCAAGCAUUUGUGCAUCACCUUUGAGCUGAUGAGCUUGAACCUGUACGAAUUGAUAAAGAAGAACAACUACAAUGGAUUCAGCAUGAGUCUCAUACGACGCUUCUGCAACUCGAUUGUGAAGUGCCUGCGUUUGCUCUACAAGGAAAACAUCAUUCACUGUGAUCUCAAGCCGGAAAACAUCUUGCUCAAACAGCGUGGUAGCAGCUCCAUUAAGGUCAUCGACUUUGGCAGCUCAUGCUACGUGGAUCGCAAAAUCUACACCUACAUCCAAUCGAGGUUCUAUCGCUCCCCGGAGGUGAUUCUUGGCCUGCAAUACGGCACCGCCAUCGAUAUGUGGAGCUUGGGCUGCAUUUUGGCCGAGCUGUACACGGGCUUCCCACUCUUCCCCGGCGAGAACGAGGUGGAGCAGCUCGCCUGCAUCAUGGAGGUGCUAGGUCUGCCGCCCAAGGUGCUCAUCUCGGUGGCCAGGAGGCGCCGCCUGUUCUUCGACUCCCGCGAUGCCCCACGCUGCAUUACGAACACCAAGGGCCGAAAGAGGACGCCGGGCAGCAAGUCACUGUCACAGAUUUUGCACUGCCAGGACCGCUACUUCAUCGACUUCCUGCAGCGCUGCCUGGAGUGGGAUCCCGCGGAGCGGAUGACGCCAGACGAGGCGGCCCAUCACGAGUUUCUGCAGCCCUCCACCUCCAGUCGCCAUCGCAGCUGCCGCAUGUCGAGCAGCUCGUCCAGCUCCGGUCUGAACAGUGUUUCCCAGAAGUCUUCCUGCUACAGCUUUUCGGAGAUCUCGCCGGGCACCAACGGGCCCGUGGUGGCCUCCAUCACCAGCACCACGGCGGUGCACAAUGCCGCCAUAGCCACCACCAACAAGUCCAGACAGCAGCCGCCGGCUCAUGCCCAGUCCAAUGGACACCUGCCCGACAUCAAGCUGAGUGCCAGCGACAAGUACAACAGCAUGCAGAAGGUGGCGGUGCGCUCGAAGAUCACGUCGAGCGUCUCGGACCUGGAGUCCGUGCAGCAGUACUCGCUGCACCGCAUCUAUGGGGGUGUCGGCAGUGGCAGCACCCAUCACGUCUCGUCGACGGCCACCAGAAAGCAUCUGAAUGGCACCGGAAGUGGCAUUGUGGGUGCCAUGACCUCCAAGUAUGGCAGCUCGACGCUGGCGCACAACCAUCACAAUGUGACGCACCACAAUGCGUCGACGGCCACGAUUGCCACGACCACGCACCACCAUCACCACCACGGAGCGGGUGGCCAGCAGCAGCAGCAGCAGUCGUCGUCGGGAGCAUCCACCAUGGCCAUGUCGCACUCACAGUCCACCGGCGAUGUCUCCGACAGAGCCAUCUUUGGACGGGCUUGACUUAGGGCAAGGCCAACCAAGCUGGAGCUGAAGAAGUGCAAGCUGGUCAACAUGAUGGACUUCUGGAGCUAGAAGUGGCGUCCACAGCACUGCGCUGAUGUGAAGGAGCGGGAGGAGGAGUAGGCGUACGCGAUGGCCCAGGGAUGGACCUCCUCGCACCUAGCUGUAGUUAUUGUUAUAUGUAAGCUAUAUAGGAAUUAUAGACGUGUGUGAAUUGUAUUUGAAUGCGAGCGCAUUGCUGUUGUGCACCCACUUGCUCCUGAAAAUCCCUGCCCACUCGAAAUAGUUGCAUACAGCUGAGAGGGAGUCCUUUCUUGCAGCACUUUGCAGUAUUCUCAGUUUUCCUGAACCCCUAUUUUAUUUCGCUACUGCCAUAGCUAAAGGUAUUCCCAAUUGUAUUCACACCCACAAACCUAUCCCCAAAAAGUAUUCUCUUCCCUCCAACUACCAAGGUGUUGCAAGUCAUCCUUUUACACCGUAUUCAACAUGAACAACACUUGAAAGAUGAAAACAAAAAAACGAAAAAUACAGAACUAAACAGAAGCCAGCUCAAAGGAACAAGAUAACCUAGAUAUAGUUGAUUAGAUACUGCAUAUACUAAACAUAGUUGUAGACAACAUUUGUAACGAUUCACCCAACGCAUCCCACUCACCCGAACUCAAAGAUACAUACAUAUUUAUAGGGUUACGACUCAAAUCUGUAACAAUUUCAUACAGCUUCCAUGUCUUUUGCAACAGUAUCAAGGCUGUUAUUAGUUACAUAUGCGAAACCGAAAUGUAUCUAUAUCUUAACUGUAAUUGUAUUUGUAGUUUAAGAUCUUGGAGGUUCGAUGGCCAACAUCAUACAUCACACUGAAGCAAAUCAACUCUUUAGUCUACCAAUGCAAGAUAGGUUUGAAUUCCGCAUGGAAACGAAUGAACUAUCCCCCAUCAACCCUAUCCACACGGAAUACAUGUCAUAAUUUAAAGAAAACACAUAUAUUUAAUGAACUAUAAAUCUAUUAAACUAGACGGAUAGAGAAGCAAAAUAUGGCCAAUAUCACAACCGAAUAAUGAAGCAACCCAAUAUACAAUAAUUGUAGUGCCCCACGUCUAUGUAAACCGUAUUAGUGGAGGCAAAAACAAAACAAAUAAAUAAUGUUUUAUUCAAAUUAAAGUUUGUGUAUUGACAAGUAACAAGACGGCAGACAGUUUAGUAGGAACUUGAGCUGGGUAAGAACGCUUACCGAAUCCAGACUGUAAUUUGAACGAAGUUUGUAACCUGUAAUCCUGUAAGUUAGAUAUCACUGUACACAAAAUGCAAUUUUUGCUCAUGACUUUUGGAUAUAUAUCACAUAGGACUACAAUACCUAAGCCUAUAUAUAAACAGCUGCGAUCCUUUUGAGCUUCUUUCGUAUUAUUUGUAAAUGUUUUCUCUGCCACUCGUCGUAAUCGUCUCUUAUACUUUCUGUAUGUGUUUUAUUACAAAUUUUGACAAAAAAAAACAAAAACAAAUCCAAUUGCAAAACUUGUUUUACAAAGUGUGUUCGAAUUUAACGUUUAGUAUUAAUUAAAAACAAUGAUAAAUCUAUAAUUAUAAAAAUAUACGUACAGAUAUAUCAAUUUUAAAUUAAUGACGCAUAUUAAUUGUAUAGAUCAAGAAAAACAACAUGUAAUCAAUUACAAUUACAAGAAUUACAACACGAAAAAAAAAAACGAAUAAAUGAAAAAAAACUAUGUACUCAAAAA